GAUUCAGAGGGGGUGGGUGCCCUGAGGGCGCGGGGCCGUCGGGCGGCGGGGUCGUGGAGAAGGCCACGGCGGCGCGCAGGGCGCAAUGAGGGCCGCCGCGGGGAGGCGAGCCAAGGAGCCUACGCGGGCGCAGCGAGAAGAAGGGAAAGGAGGGGGAGACGAUGGGCGGGCGCAGGGAGUCAGCAGCGCCGGCCGGCCAGCCCGGCAGGCGCUCCUCGGCUCCAGCUGCGGCCUCCCGCUUGUUGCCGGCGCUGGGGCUCCUCAGCCAGACGCCCGCCGGCGAGGGCGCACCAUGGCGCACUGGCUCCGCGAUCGCCUCCUCUUCCGCAGCGCCAAGCCGGCGCCGCCGCAGCCCGAUUACGCGCCGAGCCCGGAGGAGCAGCCCGACCUGCUGGCCGCCUACCGGCUGCAGAGGGAGCGGGACUUCGAAGACCCCUACACCGGCAGCGCCGCCGCCGCCGCGUCCUCCAGCACUGACGGCCGCCGCUGCCGAUCGCCCAGGCGCCUCCUCAUCAGGGUGGAGGCGGCGGCGGCGGCGGAGAUGGCACCCGCCGCGGCGACCCGGCCCGGGGACCCCACCGGCCUGCCAGAGAAGAUGAUGAUCCUGGAGGACUACGCCGAUCCAUUUGAUACCCGGCAAGAAGUCAAUAGUCAAACAGGAGAGCAGGAAAGGGUGAAAAGUGGAGGCUACAUGGAGCCAUAUGAAGCACAGAAAUUGUUGGCUGAGAUUCAGAGGAAGGGCUCCAGGGAGGCGCUAGCUGUUCAGAAGCCACUGCACUUGUACGACAUUCCCUAUGAGGCACCGGAGAAUGGCGGAGAUUCAGACUUCCAGCACCUGCCGGGCAUCCGGUGCCGCUACUCGUGGCUUCCUGAAGAUGAUGAGCGGCCACCGGAAGAAUAUGACCAGCCUUGGGAGUGGAAGAAGGAGCGGAUCUCCAGGGUCUUUGCAGUUGAGAUUGAAGGGAUCAAGGAGUUACCCUGGCCACCGCCUGUUGGACAGCUUGAUAGCAUUGCUAACCACCUGGAGGCUGAGGAACCUUUCUCCCUCCAGAGCAUCAGUGCCAGAUACCUGUCUGUAGACACCCCACCAACCCUUCGGAACAUCAGUACCAGCCUGCCAGAUUCCACAACUCUGUCCGAUCCUUUGGAUGUCAGUGGCAAGGGAGCAGUGAAAAACCAGCUGCCAUCUUGCCUGGCGAAGAGGAGAAGGAGUGCGUGCUGGCUGAGCAUGGAGUCUGGAUUAGCUUUCGGUGAACGCGUCAAUCCCAGUUUGCCGCUGGAGAGCCAGGCGUGGUAUCAUGGGACCUUGAGCCGGGUGGAUGCUGAGGGGUUGCUGCGCCUUUGCAGAGAAGCCAGUUACCUGGUGCGGAACAGUGAGAGCAGUCAAGACGCCUUCUCCCUCUCCCUCAAGAGCAGUCAAGGCUUCCUCCACAUGAAGCUCUUGCCGACCGACGACAAGAAGUUUGUCCUGGGCCAGCACAGCCCACCAUUUGACAACGUCCCCGAGAUCAUCCACCACUACGCCAGCCACAAAUUGCCCAUCAAAGGGGCGGAGCAUAUGUCCUUGCUCUACCCAGUCACCACGCAACCCACCAGCUGCCUUGCAGCAGAACAGUGACCUCUAGAGGAGGACUCCGAAAGGACAGGGGCAGACUGAGAAGGGCAGUUGAACGGCAGGCAAGAAUCGGAUGUUUUGGCGUCUCUGUACUGCAGGUGUGUGCAACGACCAGGAGAGGAAGGGCUCAAAACACAGCAAGCCUAGCGAUUAAUUUCGGCAGCUCAAGCAGAGCAGUGGCCAGGACUAAAGGGCAGAGUCACUGUUGAGUGGAAGGGUUCAAAGAACUCGGGCCGCCAAUGAAAAGGGCCGCCGGAGCCCUCCUUGCGUGUGAUGUCACGCGCAAAGGGGCGUGGCCCAAGCUCGGUGAACCCACGCACCUUCUUCAGAGCUCAUUUGGCUGAGUUUAUUCCCCCCCUCCAACAAGGGAGAGAAAGGGACAUAAAUUAAAAUUGGUAAAUUGGAAAUGCCACCAGAGGGCUGGGGCGGACCUUCCGGUGAUUGGGCCACGCCCACUGUGCAUGAUGUCAUAGACCGCGGGGCCACCAGUGGGGCGGAAUACAGGCUGCUGUUCUGCUGGCUAUGCCACUGCCAAGAGCACGAAACUAGCGGCCUUCUGUCGUCUGCUCUGUAUUUUUUCCAGAAGCAACUGUACUUUGCAUGUUGGAUCCCAGGACAUCUGUUUGGGGUGCCUUAACCCUGUGAUAUAAUCAUAGCAAAUCCCCGCAAAAUAGAAACAGAUCAGUUCUCAGAUUGGAGGGCCUGGAAUUACAGGAUCCACCUUGUGGACUGUGGAGUCCAGUCCCUUGCACUAGUGCGAUUCCAUAUCUUCAGUCGUAUCCAGCAGGUGCUCAUUCCAGGCCAGUUCACACAUGCGCAUAUAUAUUGUAUGUUGACUGCAGCAUGUGUGAAUGAAGCAUCAAAAGCCGAACUCUCAUAUCCUUUGACAUCAAGCCAAACCCACUCGUUUUCAAUGGAGACAGUUGCAAAAUGUGACUUUGUGUCAUCAAGGGACGAGAGGUCAAGCGAGGGAAUGCGCAUGUGUGAACCAACUCUCAGCUUGCUGUUGAUUUCACAACUUCACUUGGACAUUGUUCCCUCAUCCAACUAUACAUAGCUCUACAGUUUUCUCAUCACUUCCUAGCUUGACCUCCAUUUGCGGCAACUUUAUAUUUGACCAAGAGAGAUGUCUUCUGUCAGUAGACAAACUUCCCACAGGACUUUUCAUCCCGGCUGAUGUCACCCUGGACUUAACACAGAUGGAUAGACUGCUGCACAACAUCUCCUCCUUCUUUAAUGGAGGGGAUGAAGCUGGUUGUGAUAUCUCUUAUGACUCGAUUGCAUGCAUUGAAUCGGGGCAGUUUUCCCAAUUCAAGGACCGAAGAGACCUGAGUCCAGUUUGUAGCAGCCAGCCUGGCAGCUGGGUAUUCGCUCUUUAUCUCGCUGGUGAAGUGGGAAGCAGAAAUGGGAGCUUCAGAGUGGCUCAUGGAGGAUCCCAUCAGCAUCUCCCAGGCAGUGAUAUGACGAAUCGAGACCAUUAAGAUGAGGAUUUAGGGAAAGAACAAUUGUAAGAGAGAUGGAGUGUUUGCAUGUGUUGGUAUCCCUAUUAUGAAUUUACCCUGGAUGCAUUGUUAACUCCUCAUUUGAUAUUGGUCAGGUGGUCUUUCUCCCUGGCUUCUUUGAAUGAAAUAAAAAAAGAUUCUGUGGAA